UGCUCAUUGAUUUCCCAUCCCUAAUCGCCAAAGCACGACUGCAUGAUUCACUUCAUCACAUUAGCUUUCCCCCCAAAUUGAGGCAGAAACAAACUACUUCAACGAAAUAUCGAAUUCAGAAUUGACAACAACCCAAAAAACAGUCACUGAAUCUCUCAGUAAUUAGCAAUGGCUGAAACAACCCAAGUUCAGAAGAACAUACCAGUGCUGCCAUGGAUGAGAAACCCAAUCGACAUUAUUGAUUUUAAGGAAACCCCUUUAAAUUUGGUUCCUUUUCUUGACCCUAGAUUGGAUAAGGCUUUGAAGAAUGUCAAUAUGUCUUCACUUUUUCCUGUGCAAGUCGCAGUUUGGCAAGAGACUAUUGGUCCUGGUUCUUUUGAGCGCGAUUUAUGUGUAAACUCACCAACAGGAAGUGGAAAGACUUUGUCUUAUGCUCUGCCGAUAGUGCAAAUGCUUGCUAGCCACUCUGUGAAAUGUUUGCGUGCAUUGGUGGUGUUGCCCACUCGCGAUUUAGCUGUGCAGGUCAAAAAAGUCUUUGAUGACAUUGCUCUAGCCGUUGGCUUAUCUGUUGGUUUGGCUGUCGGACAGUCUUCACUUGCUGAUGAAAUUUCAACACUAAUUAAAGUGCCAAGACUUGAGGCUGGCUUCUGCUAUGAUCCUGAAGAUUAUACAAACAGAUCACGAAGUGCAGUAGAUAUACUGGUAGCAACUCCUGGAAGGCUUAUGGACCAUAUUAAUACUACGAAAGGCUUCACACUUGAGCAUCUACGGUAUCUUGUAGUUGAUGAAACUGACCGGCUUCUAGGGGAGGCCUAUCAGUCAUGGUUGCCCGCUGUGCUCAAGCUGUCCCGUCCAAGUGACGAGGUGUUUGCACCUUGUGUUAAAUCUUUCCCCCCUUCGAUUAGUGGUCAUUUCAGAACCAUUCGGAGAUGUGGAGUUGAGAGGGGUUUUAAGGAUAAAGCUAAUCCCAGGCUUAUGAAGAUGCUUUUUUCUGCUACGCUGACCCGAAAUCCUAGCAAACUUGGUCUGCUUGAUCUCCAUCACCCUUUAUUCUUGACGACUGGUCUAUCGCGUUAUGCGUUUCCCGAAAAGCUCGAGUUUUUCAAAGUGAUUUGUGAAUCAAAUGAUAAAGCCCUGUAUCUAGUUGCCCUUCUUCAAAAGUUGACAGGCGAGAAAUGCAUUGUUUUUACAUCGUCCAAAAAGAUGACCCAUAGGCUAUGCAGCUUGCUGAAAUCUUUUGGUAAUCUUCAAAUGAGGAUCAAGAGUUACUCGAGUUCUCAACACCAGGCUGUGAGAAGCAAAACACUAGAUGCAUUCCGGAAAGGGGAAGUGCAAGUGCUUGUUUCUUCUGAUAACCUGUCCCGAGGAACAGAUGUUGAAGCAGUAGCAAAUGUCAUUAUCUAUGACGUGCCACGCUACAUCAAAGCAUAUCUUCAUCGUGCUGGAAGGACUGCUAGAGCAUUCCAAAUUGGGCGCUGCUUCACAUUGCUUCUAAAAGAUGAAAUGAAGAAGUUCAAGGCACUGCAACAGAAAGCAGAGAUCAGCUCUAAAGCUUUCUCACUUUCUCCGGAGUCAAUUGAGUCCCUCAAGCCCGCUUACAUAUCUGCGUUUGAAAAGUUGAAAGAGAAUGUAGAGUCAGAAGCAUUUAGAAAACGCAAGGUUAACUUCAAGUCUACAAAGCCACGUAAAGCAAAGGCAGUGAAAGUGUCCAAGGACUAGCAAAAUAUAUUAUCCAUUCAUUCUCAACAACCUCUCAAUCUCCCCAAAAAUUAUGACAGGAUCGACCGACCGCUGAUUAUGGGUGCCGGAAAGGACGGCUCCGGUUGUGCACAUUGGCUGGAAGCCUGGAACUGCAACAGACAGUGAUUAUGACUUAAUUGUGGCCGUAGGGGUGUCAAAUCGGGUCAUCGGUCGAUUGCGGGUCGGGUAUAAUCGGUUCGGGUAUAAUCAGAUAAUGUUUUGUGCUGGGUCAUUGUGCUCAUGUAGAUUGAAUGUGAGAUUUUUUUUUCUGGUCUCUUUGAUUUUUGUCAGAAAUCGGUUGGAUGUGUAAGUUUCAACAACCCUAAUUGGGGGUGUAGCCAAAAGAAGUAGCAAGUGGUGUGGUGGUGUGGUGUUGUGGGCUAUGUGCACUUUAUGGGCUGAGUUUCAAAGUUGGAUUUGACAUUGGGUUUAACCCAAUAGUUUUACUUUUUUAAUGUUAGGAAUUAAUGGUUAUACUUGCA